GUUGACCGGUGAUGACGCCGAGACGGCAGAGCACACCGGCCACUACAUAUGCCGAUAUGAACCUCUCCUCUGGAAUAGUCAGGUCAUAGUGUCUGUUCUCUCGCCUGAUAUAUAUCUUGACACUGCUUGGGGGCGGCGGCGGCGGCCAUGGGAGCGUGCGCGACCAAGUCCGGUGACCUGAAGGUCAAGGGUGAGGCGCCCUUGGUCGUGGAGGACGCCGCGGCGCCACCGGGGGCUGCCGAGGAGAAGACGAAGGCUGACGGGAUUCCGGCGGCUGCCGAGACGACCGACCCGGCUGACGUGAGGCGCCGGAGGUCUCUCAGCGACUUGCUUAAAGAGGAUGCAGAGGCUAGUGAUCAUGAUGGAGAGGCGGAUCAAGAGGCAGAGAAGUCUGUGGCUCGGGACUCAGCAGCUGGCGCCACCAACGAAGCUGAAGCGACAGCCCUUUCCAAGGGAGCUGAAGCAACGAAGGGGCCGCAGGUCGCAGUUGUUGAGCCCUCCGGCGCAGCCGAGCAGGACGGCACGGCUGAAGAACCGGGUGGUGGAAGAAGAGAAGCGUGCUGAUCCUGACUCGGUCCGAGUUGUUGUCGUGCCCCAGGUGCUGAAGACAUGAUCAAGGUUGCUGAUGAUGCGUCUGCCUGAAAAAUGGACAGCGUUUGCGUACGCCAUGCGAUUCUUUGUUUCUUUUUUUUCUUCCUGUUUGGUUUUUGUGAGGCACGCUUUGUGUCUCUGGAUUCUGAAGCACUUCUCCCUCUUGGUUCCUUGAAUGGUGUGAGAUUGAUAGCUCGUGUUUGCAUGAUGAUGAACUGGAAUGGUGGGGAUUUCAUUGUUGUUUCAUGCUAUGGCCGUGAUUGGGAUUUGGGAUGGGGGAGGCCAUGAAGCAAGUUUGGGGAGGAAGUGGAACACAGGAGAAGGUUGUCCCGUAUUGCUUUC